GCAUCACAACAUCCAGAAGAAAAAUGGAUGGAUUCUCAACCUUGUAUUACGCGUUAUAUCCCAGCGACAAUUUAGACAAUAAGGAAUCACUAGCUGCAUUGGCCACACUCAUCCUAUCAACUGUCGACCAGCUACUGGGAAAAUAUGAAUUUUUGUGGCACAAAGAUACCUUCGAAUUAACGCUGAAUGAUCUGGAAGUCAGAAACAAUAGGGGCUUUUUCUUAGAGGGGCGUAUGCGCGUUGGAGAAUCAAUCCAGGAUGAAUGGAUCACGGUCUGGCUCUUGAGGGAGCUCUCAAAGACAUACGAUUUCGUCAUUGAGAUCCACGACACUGACGGCCAGUUUCUCCUUAUCGAGGCAGCCAAUGAGCUACCAAAUUGGCUGACACCUGCCCGAGCAGACAACAGACUGUGGAUACACAAUGGCAAACUCCAUCUCGUCCCAAUCGACCAUACCUCUCCUGGCCCAGCCCAAAAGCGACGAGUAUUCGAAAUAGACAACACCUUCGAUGAUUUACAGCCCCAGGAGGAGAACGACGCGUGGAUAGACCACCGCAAAGCUAUCCAACUGGUUAGGAACCCUCAAGUUGAGACUCUAGCGUCGCCAAGUCUCGAAAAGGCUGCUUUUUCCCGCCUGGAGACCUACCCGUAUAGUCUGGGAGAACACCAGCAUACAUUCGUGGCCUACUUGCCGCCGUCGUUGGCGAAAAUAUGCGCACAUACGAGCGCGAAAGUUGUAUCACCUGAACGUCAGACAGCCACCUCACUCACACAGAAGGCCAUCGAGGCGUUUGCGACUCGUGACAGCGCUGGGACGCGAGCUGCCCAGAAGAUGUCUCGCUUUGCGCCUGACGAAACGACACGUUGCAGCGUUACAGUCAGCAGGACGGCAUAUGCCCAAAUGCAAGGCCAGAAGUUCUACCCGCCGAGGGUCUACAAGGCUGAGCAAUGGCCCAACACUGGCAGAGAACGCGAACAGCGGGAGAAAGGCAUGCGUCUCGCGUGCGGUUUCGAGAUCCUUUUCGAUGAAUCCAAGCAUUCCCUUGGGAGGGAGUCCACGAGGGUUCACAACCCUGAUGCAGACAAACCCAUCGAAGUGCUGACUGAGAACGAUCCAGCGUUUAGGACCUACAUCGACAAAUUAGCAGCCGUCGAUUUCUUCAAGGGCGAGAUCGAAGGGAGUAGACUCUACAACCAGCGGUACGAGCAUGCCAAGCGUGUAUGGCUUUCCAUUCGGGAGAAGGAAAGCGACGACCGCUUUUCGUUUGCCCAGGAAGUCGAGACACUCUUGAAAGCACCGGGUGUCGGCAAACCCACCACCGAUCAGGAUGACGACGAGAAAUGGAUGGAAAUCGACGCCACAGACUUCGACGACUACCUGUCUCAGCGGAUGCAGGCGUCCACUGCGAGCGGAGCACCCGACGCGGAUGUGCAAGCCUCAGCAGCAACACUGGGACAGUUCAGCGACAAGCUGAACGCCUUCGUUGAAGGGCAGGGUGGAGUGACCGAAGCAAAGUUCGCGGAUGAAGAAUUCUCCGACGACGAUGGCGACAGCAGCGGCGGCAGCGACGAAGAACUAGACGACGCUGAUAAGCGACGGAUAAUGGACGGCCUCGUACCCUCGCUAAAUCAAAGUGAAUGGGGUGCGUCCACGCAAUCUGCACUCCAACAAGAACAGCAAGAGCAGAAAGACCAGACUGUCAACUUAUCCGCCGCCAAAGAGGAGGAUCUUCUAAACAAGGUGCGGGAAUUCGCUGACGAUCCGUCUGAAACAAAGCAAAGGGAGGAGGACGACCGCCUGCGCAGGCCCUACUUCGAGAAGGAAGAGUACGACGGCUACUCAGACUCUGACGACGGCAUCGACGAAGACACUAGGAACGCCGAACGCUUGAAGAGUGCUGUCAAAGAAAUAGGCGACGACGAGGCAGAAGACAUCGAGAACCUCCCGCAGGUGGAGGGAGACGUCGACAUUGACAUGGGCAACGAAGAGGAAGACUUCCUGGCGUUCUCGAGGGAGGCGCUCGGUAUCGAUGACGCCCUCUGGAGCAAGAUCAUCAGCGAGAGGAAAGACAGAGGCGCAUUUGUGCCGUCAUCCACAGCCAAUGGGCAGCAAGCAGCACAUACAGCCUCACCACAGCCACCGCAGCCACCUACGAAAGCUCCACACACCGGAGUCGAAGACCAGCACGCAAAACCAGCACGCAACGACAAGCUGAACUCCUUCGAAGCCGUAAUGGCCGCCAUGGACGACGAGCUCGCAAAGACCACCGGACGGCCCCACAGUACGCACCCAACCCGCGAGGACGACGACGACCAGCUCAGAGCGAUGGACCAAGAGCUCAAGUCCAUCCUCGCGCGCGUAGAUCCACACGACGAGACACUCGACGACGACGAAUUCGAGAGCGAAGAGCUGCAGUCGGGCGACUACUCGACAAUGAGAAACUUCCUCGAGUCGUUCAAGGCCCAGUCCGGCCUGAGUGGGCCUGUCAGCAACCUUGCGGGCUCCUUCGGCGAGCGUCUCCCGCGAGACCACCAGUAGCUAUUGUAAUUUAUUAUCCCAUUUUUUUUUUU